AUGGGCGACAAGGGAAUGUCCAAAUCGGGCGAACGGAGACAGCCGAGGCCGUUCGGAUUUAUUUGCAGCUUGACUCGCGACUACAAACCGUUUACCCAAACGGCUCUGCAGACAGCCUCUCGCCCAUUAGAGUCAGCGUCUACAGCCAUUUCUUGCAAUCUGGCGCUCCCCUUCUUGCGCUGGCGCCGAGCAGGCGCACUCGCUGUUAAAAAGGCGGGGCCACAGGGCGAGAAGAGGAGCUCAGUCGACCCACCAGAUGAAAAGGAGAUGACAGUUUCAUCACACUCUUUCGAUUUUGUUUGUUUGGGAGCUGGCGGUGGCCCUGUCGAGACUGAUCUUUCUGCCUAUCUUCUAAAGCCUUCAGAGUCAAAAUGGGAGGACGGGAUCAUCGCAGUCGAAGCCGGAAGCGGUAUUGGCGCACUCUCCUCCAUUCUCGAACGGUUUCCAGACACCUUUAACGACCUUAUGACCAUUGAUGACUCUCUUCCUACCUCUGUCCGUGCUGCUCAACUGUAUUCGUACAUCCAGACAUUCCUCAUCUCGCAUAGCCAUCUAGACCACGUCUUGUCUCUUAUCCUGAGCGCAGGCUCACUCUCUGCUCCUCCCCCGCUGCAUCAAGAGCCCAAGCUUCGACGUCGAAUCGUCGGCACAAAGCAGGUCCUCGAUGACCUCUCCACCAUGGUUUUCAGUGACCGAAUAUGGCCCAACCUCGUCUCAUGGUCUGCUGAUUCCUCGGUCCCUGCCUUCCUCUAUCUCUACCAACCUAUCGGAACUCCGAGUCUAGCGACGAACGAUACAUUCCUCGACGCAGAUUUCACUACACUCUAUCACUCACUCAACGAUACUGUGUCUGCGUUGGCGAUACCCGUGUCACACGGGCUCUGCCAGUCAUCACAUGUGCACGCCCCCGCGGGGACGUACUCGUCCACAGCCUUUUUCAUCCGACACAAUAUCACGAGCAAGCAACUUCUGUUCUUUGGCGACGUCGAACCAGACUCGCUCGCUCGCAAUCCUUCGACCAGAAAAGUCUGGCAUGUCGCCGCGUCGCUUAUCACGUCUAUUACACCCAAUGGCCAGAAGGUUCUAGACUCCAUAUUCAUCGAGUGCAGUUGGCCAUCCUCACGCAAGGACAGCGAGCUGUACGGGCACCUAAAUCCUCAACAUCUCUUGCAGGAGAUGAAGUCGUUGGCAGAGGAAGUCGUGAGACGCAAAGAGAGUGGGAAUAUGGCCUCGCCAGGUUCACCUACUAGUCUAGAAUUCGUUUCAUCCUUCAAGGCGCCUUUGAACGGAUCAGAACACGUAGCCGUGUCUACCGACGCACCAAAGAAGAAGAGACGGCGGACAAUUCUCAGGCGACACACCCGCGACAAAACCUUUAGCUCCAAUGCUAGUGAUGCGUCAACCAUUGCAAGCGGGAGCGCCGUUGCUCUCAACUCGACACCCGAAAUCCCUCAAACGGAGGGGCUGCCCCUCAGGGGUGCUCUUGCCGGUGUCAAGCUUUAUGUAAUGCAUUUCAAAGCGCCUAUGGAAUAUUCUCCAGGCAUCAAGAAUGGCAAGUUAUCUCACCUUAUUGCCAAUGAACUUCGAGUUCUUGUAAACAAGGAAGAGCUUGGUCUAGAAAUCAUAGCUCUUGAACAAGGAAUGCGACUAGCCAUUUAA